GAUGCGUUGGCUGCAUAAAAACCAAAAACGAAAACAAAAACAAGAAUUAGGCUAAUAAGCAAUGGCCGCCUCGUCCUCUGCAUAUCUAUCUCUGGUGCGGUGCCCCUCUCCAUCUCUUGCAUUGCCCAUCAAGGGGCAGGGGCAGGAGAAAAGGGUCAAAUACAUGAGGAUGGAGGCGUCCAGGAGGGAGGUAGGCAUCAUAACAGUAACGGUUGGAGCAUGUGCGGCGGUGUUGUUGCCCCUGCCCCUGCCCCAAUCUCUUCACAAGGUGGGUGAGGGUGAGGGUGUGGCUGUGGCUGCAGAGGAGGCGGCGGAGUAUGAGAGGGAGACGCGGCAGGUGAUUUCACAGGUGAGGGGCACAAUCGAGAUGGAGAAGGGCGACCCCAACACCAGCACUGCUGUGGCUGCCCUUCGUGAGGCCUCCAACAACUGGGUGGCCAAAUACAGAAGGGACAAGCAAUUGGCCGGUAAGCCCUCUUUCAGCAAUAUGUACUCCGUCUUGAAUGCCAUCUCCGGCCACUACAUUAGCUUCGGACCCACUGCCCCCAUCCCUUCCAAACGCAAAGCUAGGAUUCUUGAAGAAGUUGACACCGCCGAGAAAGCCCUCAGCAAAGGCAGAUAAACUCCCUCUAUCCCUCACACAACUCUAGCAGAUAAACUCCCUCUAUCCCUCACACAACUCUAUUAGGUAUAGUUUAAAUUUGUUUUGCUUUCUCAUACAAAGUCUUUUUUCUCGCUUGUAACCUCUCAGCUUUUAGACAAAAAUAUGAUCAAUACUUUUUGAAACAUUUCUGAUUAA